UGAAGAUGUGAAGAUUGAAGAAACAUUCAGAGUCAAACAAGAAGAUACUGAGAAACAAACAAAGAUGAUGUUUAUUAAAGAGGAGAGUAAAGAUAUGAAGACUGAAGAAACAUUCAGAGUCAAACAAGAAGACACUGAGGAACAAACAGACCUGAAUCUAUUUGAGAAUCUCUGGGAUAUUAUCAGAGCAUCCACAGCCGUCAAGUAGCACAACAGACUCUUCAGGAUCUCACUGAUGUCCUGAUCCAGGUAUUGGCCAGAUAUUGUGGAGAGUGCAUAUAGAUAGACCUGAUGGCACUGAAAGAAGAGAGUCAAAACCUGAAUGAAAAAGAGAAAAAUCUGAGUGAUGAGAAGCAUCAGGAUUUCAUAACUGAAGAAAAAUCUUUCAGUUGCACACAGUCAAAAACGAUUUCCGUUCGAAAAAAAGCUCAGAAAACAGGAUCUGGGAAGUUCAUCUGCAAACAGUGUGGAAAAAGUUUCAUUCUAAAAGCAUCUCUUAAAGUACAUGAAUUUAUCCACACUGGAGAAAAGCCUUUCACCUGCCCUCAGUGUGGUAAGGGUUUUUCACAAAGAUCAGCAUUGUAUCCCCACAUGAGGAGUCACACUGGAGAGAAGCCUUUCACAUGCCAGCAAUGUGGACAAAGCUUCAGUGGAAGAGGAAACCUUCAGGUUCACAUGAGACUUCACACUGGAGAAAAGCCUUUCACCUGCCAACAGUGUGGAAAAGGUUUCAGUCAAAAUGAAACCCUUAAAGUCCAUAUGAGCAUUCACACUGGAGAAAAGCCUUUCACCUGCCAACAGUGUGGGAAAGGUUAUACUCAAAGGAAUAACCUUCGAAUCCACAUGAGAAGUCAUUCUGGAGAGAAGCCUUUUCCCUGCCAACAGUGUGGAAAAAGUUUCACUGUAAAAGAAAAUCUUAAAAUACAUGAAAGAAUUCACACUGAAGAGAAGCCUUACAUAUGCUCUCAGUGUGGUAAGGGUUUUUCACAAAGAUCAGCAUUGUAUCCCCACAUGAGAACUCACACUGGAGAGAAGCCUUUCACAUGCCAGCAAUGUGGACAAAGUUUUACUUGUAGAAGAACCCUUGAGGAUCACCUGAGAAUUCACACUGGAGAGAAGAAGCCUUUCAAAUGCCAACAGUGUGGAAAAGGUUUCUCUCAAAAGAGCUACAUUAAAUACCACAUGAGAGUUCACACUAGAGAGAAGAGCCUUCUCAGCUGCCACCAAUGUGAGAGAAGUUUCCCUAAUAAUGGGAGUCUUACAGUCCACAUGAAAACUCACAACAGAGAGAACGUGUUCACAUGCCAGCAGUGUGGAAAAACUUUCUUUCGAAAAUCUAAUCUUAAAAGCCAUAUGAAAGUUCACACCGAAGAAAAACCUUUCAUCUGAAAAAACAUUGUAUGAAUCAUGUCUAAUUGGAGAGAAGCCUUUCAUGUGCCAUCCAUCACUGUUCAAUCACAGCAAACCUUAGGCUACAUUUUACUCGACACCAUGUGGUCAAAAAUGUAAAAAAAAGUUUUACGUGUACACAACAACCUUUUCAAAAUGAUUCGCUGUCACUAGGGGUGCUCUGAUCACGAUCGGCCGAUCGUUAUGUGCAUCUCAUCAGUAAAGCCGGUUCUCUAAUCAGCGGUUUAUUCCAUCAGGUGAGUGAUUUCACAUAUAGAAGAUGUUACUACACAGAGCCGUUGUUAAUAGAGAAGAUGCGCAAAUCCACUUCAUUUUCACCGUUUUUUUUUUGGUGCAUCUUCUCAGUUAACAACGGCUCUGUGUAGUAACAGCUGCUCUAUGUGAAAUCACGCACCUGAUGCAAUUAACUGCUGAUUAGAUAACCGGCUUUACUGACGAGAUGCGCAUUAACGAUCGGCUGAUCGUGAUCGGAGCACCCCUAGC